AUGGAAGCCAUUUCGCAAUGGAGUCGCUUUGUAAGAUUCAUCUCCGAAGAUGGCAGAGAAUUGUGCGGCGAACCAGUUGACAGCACAAUUGAUGUUGGGCUUGCUCUGGCAUCUGAUGAGACUGUGGCAGUAAGAGUGCUGAACUGCUCAUCGCCCUUAGAAAAAGGGUCAUUUACGGGUGAGAUAGCAUCUAUCAAAAAGUUAUUAUCCCCCUUAUCACCCGAAGAAGUAGGAACCAUUCGCUGCAUUGGACUCAACUUCAAAGACCACGCAGCUGAACUCAAGGCGCCAAUCCCAUCCAUUCCUGAAGUCUUCAUGAAGCCUUCCCAGUGCAUCAACAACCCUCUCGACCCAGUCUUUCUCCCUUCCUCAGCAGGCAAUGCAGUUGACGCCGAGGUAGAACUAGCAGUUGUCAUUGCCAAGGACUGCAAGAAUGUUAGUGUAGGCUCUGCGAUGGAUUAUGUCCUUGGAUACACGUCUGCCAAUGACAUUACGGCGCGAGAUGUCCAAGGCCAGACUUCGCAGUGGGGUUAUUGCAAGGGGUACGAUGGAUUUUGCCCGUUGGGCCCGGUGUUGGUGUCGAAGGAGUUGUUGCCUGAUCCGGGGAAUCUAGUGCUGAGGACGGAGUUGGAUGGUCAGGUUUUGCAGGAUGGUGCAACUGAGCAGAUGAUUUUUUCUGUGGCGGAGAUUAUAUCCCACUUGUCAAAGGACACGACUUUGCCUCGCGGAACCGUCAUUCUGACUGGCACUCCCUCUGGUAUUGGACAUAGUUAUGUGCCUCCACGGUAUCUGAAAGCAGGAUCGCAAUUGAGGAUUCAAAUCUCGAAUGGGAUCGGAACUUUGGCGAAUACGAUUGUAUCAGAAUCCGCAACGCAGGCUCGACUAUAA